AUGGAUGUUUUUUCAGCAGUGUUUCUGUCCCUGGACCCCCAAAAAGUUUCCCUUUUCCCUUCCAUCACUCCUGCCGUCACUGGUUCCAGCGUCCAGCGUCUCGCUCCGCCGAACCUCAUGCAGCAUGGCGCCCGCCCCGCUUUGUGGGGCAACCGAGUCCAAAUCUCGGCCCUGAGUGGAGGGCACUUCGUGGAGUCUCCUCACGGCCACGGCCCAAACCCACAAGAUCACCUUCACCUGCGCCUCCACCGGGCUCGGUCGGUCAUUUUGACAGCGGAAGAACUCGUCGAGAUCCGCGCAGCACAGCGGACCUUCGAGGGCGCCUACAUGCGCACCGCCCUCUCGCAGUUCUCCUUCGCCCUCAUCAUCCUCAAGAUCUUCACCUCGGAGUUCUACGCCAUCGGCGCCCUCUUCGCCGUCUACGGCGCCGCCGUCAUGCUCGUCGCCAUCUACCGCCGCCACGAGGGCAACCGCCAGUUCUUCACCUCUCCCAAGGACGAGGCCGACGGCUCCGUCUCCGUCGUCCGUAAGUUCCGCACCUCGGGGAACAGCGUCGCCCUGCUCACUCUGCUGAGCCUGUCAGCGUAUAUCACGCUCCUGGUGCUCACGUGGCAGCUGGUCCAGUGA